GGAUGUCUUAUUUAUAUUAUCCAUGCCUAUUGUUGUCCGAGCACUAUUGAACUCCAUUCCAAACGACUUGGUAUCAGUAAUAAUUGCCAUCGUCUCUAAAGCCAACUAAGUGCAUGCGCAUUAUUCAUUAAAAGUAUACUAAAGAAAAAAUACAUAUAAAUAAUUAAACAAAUUAUUCCUUCCUAUUUAGGGUGAAGUUUGUAAGUAUUAAAAUAUUAAUAUUUAACUUAUAUUGCAUUCUUGUAUGUAAUUUUAUUCUAGUGUUUCAUUCAAAAAUGACUACAGCGGAAUUUAAUAAUGUUGUUUUACCUGGCACUGAUAUCUCUCAUAUAAUUUUUAAAGGAGAUAUUUGUAAACGAAAUGAAAAAACAAUUGGCCCAGGGUUGAAGACUAUGGAUAAUAAAAUCAUUGUAUGUAAUAGUGGAGUAUUAAGAUGUAAAGAUGAUAAGUAUUUUUGGGUAGAAUAUUAUAAGAAGAAAUACAUACCAACUAAAGAUGAUGUGGUUGUUGGAAUUGUAUCUUCUAAAACAUCUGAAGUGUAUAAAGUUGAUAUUGGCGCUGCUGAAUUAGCCACACUUCCAAACUUAGCAUUUACAAAUGUUACAAAGAAAAAUAGACCUGAUCUUAAAGUGGGAAAUGUUUUAGCUGCAAAGGUUAAAAUAGCAACCCCAUACAUGGAAUCUUCAAUCAGUUGUGUAGAAUAUGCUAACAGUCUAAUUUUAGGUCAGUUAGAAAAUGGUUUUGUGAUUACUGUUAGUGUGAAUUAUGCUUUAAAACUAAAAAAAUCCAGUUCAAGUUUACUCUUUAGUCUUGGACAAUUUGUUCCCUAUGAAAUUGUUGUUGGAGCAAAUGGAAAAAUUUGGAUUAAUAGUGGUUCUAUACGUGCAACAAUUGCCAUAGGAAGUGCUAUUGUGAAUGCAGAAUAUUUAGAAGAAGAAGAUAUUCAAAAUCUGGUUAAGAGGUUUAAUAAAAGUUUAAAUAAUUUACAUUAGUUGUUAAUUGUACAUUUUUUGUAUUUUUGUAAUUUGCCUAAAAUAUACUGUUUAUUUAAUUUACAAGUUAUUGAAAAUUAAAAUAAUAUAAAAAAUUACCUCCUACUUCUUUUCAGAUUU